CUUCUCUGGUCGCUCGACGCAGCGGAUGUUGAAGAGCGAAGCGCGGCCGCUCGACCACAUGUUAUCAAACAUAUACAACUUCGACGAAGUUACCAAAAUACCUGCUAUUUCAACCCAGUUUCAUGGAAGACUCUGGUGAUCCCAUGAUGGGAAUGCUGGAUACAAAUGCCCCUGGCAAUGGAGAUGCUCCUGCUAUGGAAGCGACAGGGCCCGAUUAUAGCACAGCUCUGACCGCUCCAGGCUGGACUAUUGCACAGGUUCCACUCGCAAACCCCGAGAGUGCAGAAUACGAUCAGGUGCAACAGGCGACCGCCAUGGAGCAGUUCCAGCUGUACUCGAUGGAACACAUAAAAUCCGCAGCAGAUAACAUUGCCCAGACGUCCAGUGGGUCAGACAGCAGCCUAGAUAACUCCGGGCAAGUAGUCGGUCCGCUGUCGGAAUCAAACGGACAGCUUGUGGACCAAUCAGCAGAGCCGGAUGCCAUGAAGCAGGCGGAUGGCGACUCGGAGAGCCCUUCGAAUAUGGAGCUGGAAGAUGUUCCCAAAGAGGGAGCAGAAGCAGCUGCAGCUGCAGAAUCGACUGAGACACAAGAGCCUGAACUUCCCUUAGAGUACGAGAGGCUUUUUAAGGUUGUGGAAGAUAAUCCUGAAGACUUCAACGGCUGGGUGUACCUCCUGCAAUAUGUUGAACAAGAGAACCACCUGGUGGCAUCAAGGAAGGCGUUUGAUGCGUUUUUCCUACACUAUCCCUACUGUUAUGGAUAUUGGAAGAAAUAUGCGGACAUUGAGAGGAAACAUGGCUGCAUUCAGGUUGCGGAUGAGGUGUACCGGCGAGGUCUGCAGGCCAUUCCGCUCAGCGUCGACCUGUGGCUUCAUUACAUCACCUUCCUGAGAGAGAACCAAGACACCAGUGACGGAGAGGCGGAAAACCGCAUCAGAGCGUCCUAUGAGCACGCAGUCCUCGCCUGCGGAACGGAUUUCCGUUCCGACCGUUUGUGGGAAGCGUAUAUCGGCUGGGAACUGGAGCAGGAGAAGCUGGCUAACGUCACCGCCGUCUACGACCGCGUCCUCUGCAUUCCCACACAGCUGUACUCGCAGCACUUCCAGAAGUUCAAAGAGCACGUACAGAACAACAACCCCAAGCACUUCCUGUCUGUGGAGGAGUUUGUGCAGCUUAGAGUGGAACUGGCCAAUGCUAAUAAACCCACCGAAGACGAGGCUCCUGGUGAAGAUCUGCCACCGGGCACAGAAGACCUGCCUGAUCCUGCUAAGAGGGUGACGGAGAUCGAGAACAUGAGACAUAAAGUGAUCGAGACGCGACAGGAGACGUUCAACCAAAAUGAGCAUGAAGUCAGCAAGCGCUGGGCUUUUGAAGAGGGGAUCAAGCGUCCGUACUUCCACGUGAAAGCGCUGGAGAAGACCCAACUGAACAACUGGAGAGAGUACCUGGACUUCGAGCUGGAGAACGGCACGCCGGAGCGAGUGGUGAUUCUGUUUGAGCGCUGCCUGAUCGCCUGCGCCCUCUACGAGGAGUUCUGGAUCAAGUACGCCAAGUAUCUGGAGAGCUACAGCACUGAAGGAGUGAGGCACAUCUACAAGAAGGCCUGCAGCAUCCACCUGCCCAAGAAACCUGCCGUUCACAUCCUCUGGGCGGCGUUCGAGGAGCAGCAAGGGAACGUCGAGGAGGCCCGUGGCAUUCUGAAAGCGAUAGAGGAGGCGGUCCCAGGAUUGGCCAUGGUGAGGUUACGCAGGGUGAGUCUGGAGCGUCGCCACGGCAACAUGGAUGAAGCGGAGACCUUAUUGCGUGACGCCAUCACGAACGGAAAUAAUGCCAGCGAGUCGUCGUUCUACGCUGUGAAACUGGCCCGACAGCUGCUGAAGGUGCAGAAGAGCAUCACGAAGGCCAAGAAAGUUCUAAUGGAGGCCAUCGAGAAAGACGAGACAAACCCAAAGCUCUACCUGAAUCUGCUGGAGCUGGAGUACACUGGAGAUGUUCAGCAGAACGAAGCCGACAUCAUCGCAUGCUUCGACAGAGCUCUGAAUAGCCCGAUGUCGCUGGAGUCACGCGUCACUUUCUCGCAACGCAAAGUCGAGUUUCUCGAGGACUUCGGCAGCGACAUCAAUGUCUCACAGGAGCCAGAUGCAAAGAGGCAACGGACAGAUGACCAAUCAGCAGCCUCCGGUCAGGUGAUGCAGGACAUGCAGGCCAAUCACGCUGGAUACAACUAUAACAACUGGUAUCAGCAAUAUAAUUCAUGGGGCGGUCAGAAUUCGUGGGGUCCGUAUGGCCAGUACGGCCAGUAUAACCAGUACUACCCUCCACCCCCCACAUAACGGACUACACCGUCCCGUUUGAGCUCCAUCAGGACGCCUGCUGUCUUUUUACCUUCAGCUUCAUCAUUCUUACCGUCACUCAAACCGUCGACUUCGUGUGUGUGUUCGUUUCUGGCAUGUGUUGAGAAAUUGGGCAUAUUUUCCCCCUUAUGUUACAGUGCAAGUGAGUUUUUAUUAAGGCUUGGUUGAUUUAGUGAGAUCUGUGUUUAGGAGGUUGAAUGAUUUGUAUGACCGCUCCGCCCUCAGUGUGAUCUUGUGUUCCCAGAUAAACGUAAUAAACCUGAAGACAUUUUUUAUUUUGACUUGGUUUCAUAAUAAAGAGAUUGACAUCCUUAA